AUGGGGGCCAACUGGGCCCAAGCCCAGCCAGCCGGCCCAGCCCAGCUAGCCUUUCCCCGCACGUCGCCCCCGACAUCCAGCAGGAGUCCGCCGCCGCCACGACAGCGUCGCCGCCCUGCCGUGUCCGUCCCGGACACCGAGCCGCCCCUUGCCCCUCCGCCACGCCAUCGCCUGCCCCUCCCCGCCUAUAAAGCCGCCGCCCCUCUCUCUCCUCCUCCUCGCAUCGCGCCGCAGCCGUCGGCGCACUCGCCGGAACCCGUCGCCACCGGCGAGAUCCGCUCGCCGCUCCCGCACGGUUCCGACGCUGAAGUCGAGCGCCGCCACCACCAUUGGCUUCAGCACCGCGCGCUGCUUCUCCCCGACUCCUCUGCCGCCGUCGCCGACGCCGGAGUCGCCUUCCCGCUCACAGCCGACACCGCCCCCGCCGUCUCCCUCGUCGCCGGCGACUUCCGCCGCCACGGUAACGCCCCACCUCCCCUCGUGCGUUAG